AUGGUGAACAACGUUAUGACUGAUGCUGAAAGGAAACAAGACCUGUGCAAGAAAUUUCCAAAGUGUUUUGAUGGUAAUGGCAAGUUAAAAGAUUAUCAGCUUCACAUUCCAGUUGAUAAUGACAUUGAACCAGUUGUACAGUCAUUGAGAAGAGUACCGUAUGGGUUACGAGAGAAGCUUGAGAAGAAAAUAGAUGAGUUAGCAGAGUUGGACAUUAUUGAAAAAGUAAACACAACAAUGUCUUUACAGACAAAUAACGCACAAAAUUUCAACAGCAAAGAGCUGAACGACUAUCUAACGGAUCUGAACAUUGAACAUCGCAAUACAACUCCAUAUUGGCCGCAAGCAAAUGGAGAAGUGGAAAUCCAAAAUAAGUCCAUUAUGAAAAGGCUACACAUUGCGCAUGUGCAGAAGAAAAACAUGAGAACAGAACUUCAGACAUAUCUCAUGAUGUAUAGAUUUACACCACACUCCACAACAGGGAUGUCACCCGCCGAAAUGCUGUUCAAAAGGAAAAUUCGCACGAAAAUACCAGAUAUUUCGGACCACAGAGUUUCCGAUCAUGAAAUUAGAGACCGCGACAUCGAAAGAAAAGGAAAAGGGAAGAUUUAUGGUGAUAACAGAAGAAAUGCUAGAGAAAGUGAUAUAAAAGAAGGUGAUCUAGUUGAAAAUAAAAGUGUUCAAUCGGAGAAAAAUGUGCUAAAUGAAAAUAGAGUGGAGUCGGGAUCAAAUUCCAAUCUAGAGAAUAAUCAGGAAGCAGAGUUGACAGAAAUAGAACAGAUAGAGAAUCCUGUAGAAACGGAGGACGUGAAGUCACCAACAAAAACAGUAGCAGAAUCCUACUCGCAACCAUCGAGAGUUCGAAAAAUGCCGCAGAAAUACUCAGAUUUCAUUAUGAGUAACAAAUGA